ACUGUGUCUUUGCAAUUUCUGUCCCAUAAAUACUGUUAUCAGAGAAUGAGUUUGCAUUUAGGAAUGAGGUGACUGUGAGCCAAGGCUGUUAAAGAGGAUGAAUCUGAACAAAGUAAACAGCUAAAGAGGGUUGGUUUCUUUCUGUGGGAAGCAAAAUGUUUCUAAUUCCAGAGGAAAACAGGUUCAACAGGCUGUGAUGUCACAACUGUCACCAACAUGGUACACGUUUCCUCCUGCCAGCCGAGCUUCCUCAUUUGUCCAAGCUUCCUGUUUGUCUGAAUGAUCUCCUGAUGGAACCCCCUUCAUAUGAGGAGGCCCGUCUCCACCCUUCCACCCACAUCCCUCCUCCCCCGUCUUAUGAUGCCUCCUUCCCCUCUCCCUCCACACCUCCUCCUACCUAUGGAGAAGCAGUUACAUUCCAGACGGAUCCUUUUCCUAUCCUGACUCCACCUGUGGUGCCAGCUGCUGCGACGUCACGGCCACAGAACACUGGAGUCAUAAUCCAUCCACCUACACAAGUUGGUGUGAUACCGUCCAUCAGCAGCACACAAACUCAGCCAGCAGUGGUGGUGCAGCCUCCGCCCGAUGUGUCAGUCUCACUGACACAUCUGAGAGACAUACCUUGUGUGGUCCGCUGUCCACGCUGCCGGCGUGUUGUCACCUCCAAAGUCACGUACUAUCCUGGGCAGACUGCCUGGUGCCUGUGUGGUGUCCUCACAUUUGCGGGGCUGGUCUGUGGUUUCUGUCUGAUUCCCUUAAUGGUACGUAGCCUGCAAGAUGCAUAUCAUAACUGCCCAGAGUGCGGAUACCAUCUGCACACACACGAAAGAUGACACUGUUGGCGUUAAUAAAGCUCCUAAUAAGUCCACCUAAAAUCACACAUACACAUAUAUUUUUGUCACAUUAUGGAUAAGUAAACUGUUGUAGGUUAGGAAUGUAAACAGCUCACUGCUACACAGUGAGGCAAGACUGCAUUUAGAUGGCAGUAAGUGUAAUCUAAGUUUUAUACAGAACAAACUGAUCAUGGAGACGGACAGAGGAGGAGCAGUUUGGGAAGGAUUUUUCCUGCUAGAAAAACUUGUCACGGUAGGAAUCUUCAGAAAUUCACCUUUGCUUCCCCCUCUGAAGGACAAAAGUCCCGUCUGUCCCCGUGAGUUUGGCAAAAACAGGUUUUGCACUAUGAGUAUAAUGUUGGGGGUUUACCAUACGACUUUGCACUUCAUUCAUAGACGUGUUCUCUUCUUAAAUGUGGCAAUUAUAUUUUCUAUAUUUAAAUACUUAUAACAUUUUUUGACACAUCCAAGUCAUGUUUACUUUAAUAAUGAAGGGGACAACUUGUUCAAUUGUUUGUCAAAGCAAACAAAAAAUCCAUUUGGAAAACAAUUCUUCUUCUAAAGGCCCUGAACAUCUAAGGUACACAGGUCACCUUACUUAUUUUGACAGAUUAACCCUUUAUUAGCCCUUUUCUCAAGAUUGUUUGGGCUUCUUUGGCAUCUCCCUCACUCUCCUGCUAGUUGCACCUGUUAUGGAGGUAACAUCUUAAUCAUACUUAUUAGGAAACAUGCACAUGAACAGCUGUGUGAGUGUGCAGGGCCUUUGAUAGAACUUAUGAUACGAAGAGGUACGCAAAACAAGGUUUUUAGUUGUAAAAAAGUUACAAAAGUAACGUUGAUUCAUACUAGUUUAUAAUUUAUGAUAAGUUGAGGAACACAAAAUUAUGAUUUGCAGUCGGAUUCUGUUUAAUUUUAUAUGCUACGCCUCAAAUUUGCUGGUAAAAAUUACAGAUGUGUCUUUAUGUUAUGAAUUGCUGUGAUACAUACUUUGGUAUAACACUUAUUGUCUGUACAAAUCUAUUCAGUGAAGCUGAUGAUAUUCAGUGUCUUUAGGUCCAUGUCAUAAAUUUGGAAAUAACCACAAUAACCAGAAGUUAAGUGUCUAAGAAUUAUAUCUUAAACAAAUUGUUUGACAUUUUUGAAAAAUAUCCUUAUUGGCUUUCUUGCUGAGAGUGAGAGCUAUACCUUAUUACUGAACUCAAUUCAUCAAAAUAUUCUAGGCAAAUGCUUUCAUUUUCAUCCAUUUUCAUCCCCUCCCAAGCAGUCCCUCUUAAUCAUUGCUUGAUAUUUGUCUGUUUGUUUAUGGAGCUACAGUCAGCUAGCUUAACUUUGCUGAAAAUACUUGACUUUCUUACCUUUGGACAGAGUCAAGAUAUCCAUUUCCCCCUGUUUCCAGUCUCUAUGGUAAGCUAACCGUCUGCUAGCUUUAGUUUGGGGUACUGUAUAUGAAUACGGUAUUGACUCAUCUGCGAGAAAGCUAAUAAGCGUGUUUCUCGAAAUGCUGAAUGAAUCCUUUACUGAUUAAUACUUGAUACUGUGAUACAGACCUGCUGUGAAUACCAGGUAUAGAAAACUGGGUGUAGGUUGUGGUGCCUGGGCUUCUGAGUGUAUAAACCUCAAUUCAAUGACUGAUUAACACAUCUGCUUUACCUGUCGUUGUUGUCAGAAUGUAUGACAUAAUGUAUCACUGCCAACUGCCUUUUUUUUGUUUGUUUGUUUAAUCAAAAUAUGGUCAUAUUAGUAUUUAUCAUUCUAUCAUGUUGAUAGGGAAAUAAAGUGGUCCUGGUUACUUUGA